AUGUAUCACGGAUUUUUUUUUACUGCUAACAUUUUAUUUUCUUUACUGAAGAUAUUUCCUUGAUAGCUAGAGAGUAGAGCCAGUGAAAAAGCUCACAAUAAGCAAUGACUGAAAAUUGCGUAGCCGUUUGGAGUAGCUUAUUGGUACAGCAAACGUUGGGCCGCGAAUGGCCCAUUCGUAAUUGCGAACCUGUGUCCAAGCCGUCUUACUGUAGCGCUUUCCCGAAAUUCCGAUGUAGGAACAAUACUAUUGGCCGGGACACUACACUUCCCUUUUUCAACAAAAAAAAAAAUUCCCUCAUAACCGAAACAUAGCUUACUCCUGUACGGGUCCUGCAUCUCGCAUCUAGUAGCGUGUGAUUUAUUAUUUGCGCAUAUAAAGAGGCCACGCAACAGCAUGCCGCACCGCGUGUCAGCACAUCGCUCUGGCUGUGGACGUAACCGGGUGUUGAGCGUGUUAUCCAGGCUGUUGGCAAUAUGGUGGCGUGAGAGGUGGGAGGGCUAACCAGCGCCGCCAACUAUGGCGAGAGCCCUGAAUAAAAAGUGCAGUACUGUAAGCUUCUCAUUUGCCUACCUCUCAUUCAUCGCCAGACAUCCAUGGUAGCUGGCAUUUUACUUUUCUUCUGAUGCACUGCACAUUUACCGCAACGCAGCUAUGGAAAUUCUCUAAAUUUACGUUUAAGUAGAGAUAAUGUUCGAACGACGAAAACGUAACGCGGCGCGCGCGCUCGCGUGAGCGUGCCAGAAAUCCAAACGAGCAGGAAGAAGACGGCGACACUUUGCAACGAAGCGCAGCCGCCUUAUAAGUUCGCAGUCCCCGACCUUUCGACUCUGAGCCAUGAUAGCGACGUCCAAAAUCCGAAGACCGCCACGCCUCGUGGACUAUGAGAGGCGAAAGAUUCGUCGAGUCUCCUUCCUCGAGUCCAGCACUGAGGACGUCACCGAGUGCACGGGCGGGUACACUUCCGAGCCGACCGUCUGGUGGGCAAGAGAGGAACCGCGGCCAGCACUGUGGUCUCGCGAUGCCAGGUACGACUUCCGGUUCGGCCGCGACCACGUCGAACGCGAGCCCAACAUCGCGCCUACGGGUGCGUCGGCGUCGCGUCUAUGCCAAGGGCCACAGCCCCCGCACGCGAGGUUGGUCCCGGAAGGCCCAGCGGUGCCGAGCUAUUCCCAAGGGCCGCCGCCGGGCAAGGCACGCGUUGAACUUUGCUACGCUAUGUCGAAGGCGCACGAGCUGCGAGACGGGGACAGAGACGAACGCGACAGCCCGCAGCAGCCGUGGUUGCAGAGCUUCGGCAUCGGGGUGCUGGUGGCCGCGCUGGUUGCCGCUGUGAUCACCCUGGCGCUGACCGCUGAACGGCCGACGGGGGUGUAUCGGAAAGAAGCUUCGCCCCUUCCGCGCGAGGUGGAGCAGAUUACCCUGGCGGUUGGCAACAGGAUUGCCGCGUCGAUUGAGGCGAAAGAAGCUGUGGCCAGGAUUGGGACUAAAGGGGUGGCCAAGCUUCGAGACGUCGUCACAAAAGUGAAGACGUCGAACCCAGAGAAGACCGAGACGAGGACGCCACCUGCACACCGCCUGGGCAUCGAAAAUGAAACGAGGCCCGCGGACCGUAGGUGCGGCCGCCGCUUCUACACGUACUGCGAGCACGGGAGACGCGAGGCCUACUACAGCGGCCGGUCUCGCUCGUGCGCCUGGAGCGAGCGAGACCACGUGCGCGUCUGCAACCGUGGCGCCAACCGGUUCCCGAACCUGGGCACUUGUCUAGACAGCUGCGCCCGGGACCCGCCACGCGAACGCUGCUUCGAGAGCGUGCUCUUCACCGACUGCUCGCGGCGAGACGUGGUCGAAGAGUGGUGGUUCUUCGACGGUGCUCGCUGCGUCCGGUGGAACUUGCCGUUUGGUGACUGCCCGUCUUCCCGUGGUGGCCGGGCGUUCAGGUCCCGCAACGAGUGCUCCAGGAUGUGCCUGGAAUCGCGCCGUGGGCUAGAAGGUGCCUCGGCGCUUAAACGCAGCCGCUGUCGAGCCCCGGUCGCUGUCACGUGCGACAUUCGCCACAUCCGGUACCCGUACUUCGCGGACAUGAACGCCCGGGGCAACGCCCGGUGCGUCAGGGCAUGGAAGCCCACCCUGCUGAGUCGACUUUGCCUCGUCGGAUCGAAUCGGUUCGACUCACUCUCGAACUGCAGCCGCGUGUGCGGGAGUUCACCACCGGACGUUUUGUGAAUCCUGAGCGUCAAACUUUGCAGAACAACGGCGUUAGCGGUACUUUGCAAAUAAACGAACCGUGAUGUUUCCUUUGUUUAAA